GCCUUAGGCCCCGCCCCGUCCCCUCCAUGCCUCCUUUCAGCUGCUAGUUCUCUACAUGGAGUCGUGCUGAUCACCCAGCGGAGGCGAAGAGAGUUUAUAGGCAGGUUCCCCAGGGACACCCCCGCUAGACUUUCAUUGCGAAGUUCCGAGAAGAAGAUUUCAAUGAGCCCCCUGCGCGGAACACUCUAAAGGGAGAACGACAAAGGGGUGUCUUCAUCGCCCUACGAGUCUCCUGUGAUUAGAAAGAUGGUGACACGACUUUGCCUUCUGGUCGCUGCCGCCUGCUUAGCUGCAGAACUGGUGCUGGUGCAAGGGGGAGGAAAAAAGUUCUAUCAGGGGCCAUGUGCCGGACGAGAUUGUAGUGGGGGCUGCAAAUGUUUUCCAGAAAAAGGAGCUCGGGGUCGACCAGGGCAACUUGGGCCUCAGGGUCCAAUGGGUCCACCAGGAUUUUCAGGACCUGAAGGAGUAGCAGGGCAAAAAGGUGAAAGAGGAGAUUAUGGCUUUCAAGGAGAAGCUGGACCUAAAGGAGACCUGGGUCAUAGGGGAGUUACUGGCUUUGAUGGAAAUGAUGGAACACCGGGUCAUGUUGGCCAGGCAGGCCAUAGAGGGUUACCUGGACUUGAUGGCUGCAAUGGCACCAUAGGCGACUCAGGCUUUCCUGGUAGUAAUGGCUUCCCUGGGCAAUCUGGAUUACCAGGUCCUAUUGGUCCUAAAGGUCAGAAAGGGGAACCUUCUUUUAUUUCAAGUGAUAUAAGAGGGCUGAAGGGAGAAGAUGGAAUACCUGGACAAGAAGGUUUGCCUGGACCACGUGGGCCUCCUGGACCAGAGGGUAUGUCUGGCACAGCGGGAUUUCCUGGUGUGCCGGGUCCUCCGGGUCUACCUGGAAUGCCAGGUCCAACAGGAAACAGGGGUGUUGGUUAUUAUGGAGAGAAUGGAGAUAAGGGAGACGUUGGGCCUCCAGGACCCCCGGGGCCGAGAGCAUCUACUGGGCCAGUGGAGUUUACUGAGUCAGCAAAAGGAAUUCAAGGAGACAAGGGUGAUAGAGGUCUUCCAGGGUUCCGAGGGGAGCAGGGAUUUCCUGGCCUUGAGGGGUUUGGAUUCAGUGGAGAGAAGGGAGAAAAGGGAAUACUUGGCCUUCCUGGCCCAAGAGGUUUUCCAGGUCUGGAUGGAUCCAAUGGAUAUCCAGGCAGGAAGGGACAGCCGGGGCUACCUGGUUUUGAUGGACUUCAUGGGUUCACAGGAAUGAAGGGUGAACAAGGAAACAUUGGCUUACCUGGGACACCAAUAUACAUAGAUGAGGAUGGUUUAGCCAUUACAGGCCCACCAGGAGAUCCAGGUCCUUCUGGAUUUCUCGGAAUGCCAGGAGAUGACGGUAUCAGUGGCCCACCUGGCCCUCCCGGUCAACCUGGUUUACCAUCGUUUGUUAGAGGCAAUCCUGGGCCAUCUGGUUUUCCAGGUGUUCAAGGUCUUAAAGGGGAACAAGGAAACCCAGGAAAACCAGGUUUUGGGCCACCUGGAAAUACAGGAAGAGUUGGCCAACCCGGACCACCUGGUCCCCCUGGAGAAGAUGGACCUUCUGGAGAAAUUGCUGGACAUCAAACAGCUUUAGGAGAACCAGGUUUACCAGGAGUCCCAGGAAAUAGAGGUCCCCCAGGACAAAUCGGACCUAAGGGAUAUAAAGGAGCUGACGGAGACUGUGCUUGUGAAGGAGGCGAUCUUAGCAAGGGUAGUCCUGGAUCACCAGGGCUACCUGGUCAAAGAGGAAGUCCUGGUUUUUCUGGCCUAAAUGGAAUACCAGGUGAUCCUGGAAGAAGAGGCUCUGAUGGACUACCUGGUCCACCAGGUUCUCCUGGUCUACCCUGGUUUCCUGGACCAAAAGGAGAAAAAGGAGAUCCUGUGUAUUCAACCGGUAAAGGUCCACGUGGUGACCCUGGUUCUGUAGGUCCCAGGGGAGCAUUUGGUGCUGUGGGAAAACCUGGAAGAUAUGGUUACCCAGGAUUACCUGGUCUUAAAGGAGCUCCUGGCACUGGUGGUUCUGGUGAGAAGGGAUACCCAGGUUUGCUUGGGCCAAAGGGGAGUCGUGGGGAAACAGGACCUCCAGGUAUUGGUUACCCAGGUUCUCCUGGACCUCGUGGGCUUCCUGGUGACCCAGGACAAGCAGGAUUACCAGGACAACCAGGUCUGGCAGGGCCACCAGGUGACUGCUGCUGCGGGGCCAAUGUUGGUAAUGGAGACUUAGUCACAGAGGGAGGAACAACAUUACCCUGUGUUAUUGCUGGAGAACCAGGCCCACCAGGAAUCCGUGGCACACCAGGAUUUCCAGGUCGUAAAGGUAAUAUGGGAUUCCCAGGAGUUCCAGGACAACAGGGCUUUGAUGGUGCUAAAGGACAACCAGGCAAUCCAGGUUUUGGUGGAAUUCCAGGGCCUCCUGGAUUUCCUGGACCCCGUGGAGAAGAAGGUGCUCCAGGGUUCAAUGGAUUGCCAGGUAGUGAAGGACUUCCUGGAAAGUUCGGGAUCCCAGGGUCCCCUGGUUUAAAAGGAUUGCGAGGAGAAGUAUUGGGAGCAACACCUGGAGCUCCUGGUGAGCCAGGCCUACCUGGAAUCAAUGGAGACAAAGGCUUACCAGGAGAUGCUGGUUUAUCAGGACAGAGAGGUUUUGAUGGAAGGCCUGGACUGAUGGGUGCUAAAGGAGAACGGGGUAACUCUGGUUUCCCUGGCAGCCCAGGUCCCAAAGGUCAACCUGGCUUUGGAGGGUCAAUGGGGAUUAAAGGAAAACAGGGUCCUCCUGGAGAUAUUGGAUACCCAGGCUCACCAGGCUGCCAAGGUUUUCCUGGAAAUAAAGGUGUACCUGGAGACAGAGGCAUUCCGGGCAUAGCUGGGAUGAAGGGACGCCCAGGAGCUCCAGGGGAUGCAGGACGUCCUGGUGAAUUAGGUCUCCCUGGGCUACCUGGAACAGGUGGCCGUGAAGGUCUUCCAGGGUUCCAAGGACUUAAAGGAGAGAAAGGCUUUCCUGGUGUGAGGGGAUUUGCUGGAAUGCCUGGUAUUCCAGGACUUCCUGGAGUCAGUGGAUAUAAAGGAAUUUGUGGCUCACCUGGACAAGAUGGACAAAAAGGAAAUGAUGGCAUUAAGGGAGUAAAAGGUUUACCUGGCGAUCGUGGUCCACCAGGUGCUGUCAUGCCACCACCACCCGGCCUUCUUUCUAAAGGUGCUCAAGGAGAACAAGGACCAAGUGGCCCUCCUGGAUUUACAGGACCAAGAGGUGAUAAAGGCUUUCCUGGACUUCCAGGAAUACCUGGGAACCCUGGUUUUCCAGGCAACCCAGGCAGAGAUAAAGGUUUUCCAGGUGACCCAGGAUUUCCCGGAGCAUUUGGAAGACCAGGAUUUCCUGGUCCAAAAGGAGAACCUGGAAUAAUUGGAUUUCCUGGAAUGCCUGGACCAAAUGGUGCUGACGGUAUCCCGGGAGUUUCUGGCUUUCCUGGCAGUCCUGGCCUACCAGGACCCAAGGGAGAAAGAGGAGAGACUUUAGGACAACCUGGACGUCCAGGAGUUAAAGGAGAGACUGGCAUACCAGGAAUUUCAGGUCUAAGAGGUUUUGAUGGCAUGCCUGGAGAUGUUGGGUCAAUAGGAAUAUCUGGAAAUCCUGGACCAAAGGGUCCUCCAGGAGAGUUUGGACGGAUAGGACAACCUGGAAAUCCGGGGCAACAGGGAUAUAGAGGAAACCCUGGAUUAGUGGGUAGUUCUGGAUUACCAGGUUCUCCAGGAUCCCCAGGAUACCCAGGGGCACCAGGUCUUAAAGGUUUUCCUGGAUCUCAAGGUAUUGGUGGCUUAAAUGGCUUGGCUGGAAGUAAAGGGUCCCCUGGAACACCAGGGCUUAGUGAGGCUGGACGACCAGGAACCCCUGGAUUUCCAGGGCCAAAAGGUGAAAGAGGUUCUCCCAGCACAAUAUCGGGGCAACCAGGAUUUCCUGGAUCUAAAGGAUUUCCUGGAGAAAGAGGUCUUCCUGGUGCUGUUGGCUUACCUGGUCUUCCUGGACCACCAGGCUUCUCAUUCCCCUCUGCCAUCCCAGGGAGACCUGGUGACCCUGGCUUUCCUGGACGAGAUGGGGAAGCAGGACUUCCUGGCCUGCCAGGGCCACGUGGCCCACCUGGCCCAGGAUCUAAUCAAGGGGAUACAGGGGACUCAGGAUACCCAGGCAUUCCUGGCAGGCCUGGCAUAAAGGGUGAACCUGGAAUUCCAGGAAACCCAGGAAGCCCUGGAGCUCCUGGACUGAAAGGUCUAAGAGGUGAUCCAGGUUUCAUUGGUAGCCCAGGCAAGGAAGGUUCUGUAGGAGAUCCUGGCUUUCCAGGACUAAAGGGAGAAAGGGGCAACCCAGGACUUCCUGGUCCCCAAGGACGACCUGGCCCUCCCCCAUCGAUAGAGGAUUACCAGAUUCCUAUUGGAUUACCAGGUCUGCCUGGAAUUAAUGGUUUUGAUGGUGUUCUUGGGGAAAUCGGAUCACCAGGACCAAAUGGACCACCAGGAGCAAAAGGAUUUCCAGGCAGAUCUGGGCAAAUGGGAAGAAAUGGGCCACCUGGUGCUCCUGGUCCUAUUGGUGAUCCUGGCGAAAUUGGUAUUCCUGGUACUUCUGGACUUGAAGGUUCUCCUGGUAAGCAGGGUGCAGUUGGCUUACCCGGAAUGCCCGGACGGAGUGUGGGUGUUGGAUACACAUUAGUAAAGCACAGCCAGUCUGAACAGAUUCCUCCAUGCCCGCUUGGAAUGGCCAGAUUGUGGGAUGGCUAUAGCUUGCUGUUCGUGGAAGGACAAGAAAAGGCUCACAAUCAAGACUUGGGUCUUGCUGGUUCCUGUUUGCCCCGAUUCAGCACCAUGCCUUUUAUUUACUGCAACAUUAAUGAGGUCUGCUACUAUGCUAGCAGGAAUGACAAAUCUUACUGGCUCUCUACCACGGCCCCUAUCCCCAUGAUGCCUGUGGGCAGCACUGAGAUUAAAAACUACAUUAGUCGCUGCUCAGUGUGUGAAGCUUCUUCCCAGGCUGUUGCUGUUCAUAGCCAGGAUAACACAAUCCCACAAUGCCCUGAUGGAUGGAGGAGCCUCUGGAUUGGAUACUCUUUCCUCAUGCACACAGCUGCUGGUGCUGAAGGUGGCGGUCAGUCCUUAGUAUCUCCAGGUUCUUGCCUUGAAGAUUUUCGGGCUACCCCAUUUAUUGAAUGCAGCGGAGCAAGAGGAACCUGCCAUUACUUUGCCAACAAGUACAGCUUCUGGUUGACCACUGUGGAAGAAACACGGCAGUUUGCUAGACCGCCCACUUCUGAAACCUUGAAAUCUGGGCAGUUGAGAACACGUGUGAGCCGCUGCCAGGUGUGCAUGAAGAACUUGUAGCACAGCAGUCUUCCUUAAAACUCCUGCACUUGAGUUCUGUGUAGAAGUAGCACAUGAAUUAGCCAGAGUGACCCACUAAUGGCUACUAGGAGUUUCUUGAUGACUGAACCCCUUCAAAUGUCUACUGUAAUAUGUGCCAGGAGACAGGUGGCUCAGUACAAUGAAGUGGACAGGCUGAUUUUUUUUUAAAGAAUAUUUUAUGCAAUAAUGGUGCUAAAUCUUUUUUUUUAAUUAAAAAUGUUAUGGUGCAUUAUUCAUGGCUACCUCAGAAAGGCCUUGAGUAACUUCAGAAACACAGUUGAAUAUCAACAAAACCCCAAGGUUCUGCACUACUGCCCCAGCUUUGUUUAAGAUAUUUUUUAAGGCUUCCAUGAUUGAAUUGGAGAAGUCCUGCUUUCCAUACCGGACUGAAAACAUCACUUCAUAGAUACCUGUUUCUUAGUUCAGAGACUGAAAAGCCAUUAAAGAAGCUUCAAAGCCAAGAAUGUUAUUCUUCUGAUAUUGACCUUGUGUAUUACCACUUUUUUUCUCAUAAUUGUAUCAUAAUUAAGAUGACUUUGCUUUAACGUAUGGGUACUAUGUAAGGAAUAUAUAUCCAUCAUAUGUAUACUACAUAUACAUUAUCAGUGGAACUACGCCUAGUUGUAUAGAUACCGAAGUUGAGAGAUAGAGAAAUACUGUCUUCACAAUGUCUCCUACUGUAAAGCACCCUACUGAUGAUCCAGAGGAAGGGAACAAAGCCCCAUUAGACUUAUCCAUGUACCUUUACAUUUAACGCAUUUUCUCAUUUGGUGCUAUGUACUACUGUUCUAACCCUAUGGCCUCCAGUGGGUGACAGUACACACAGGAUUGCUAUGGAAAUCUUUUGGUGCUUUAAAACUCAAUAACCAUCCAUGAAACAGCAUUAUAUAGUUAUAUAUAUAUUUUAAUAGUGAUUCAAACACCUGUGUUUAAUUGGUCAAAAAAAAACAUUUGUUCAGAUAUCCAAACCAAACUCAAAUUGAGCAUAAGUUUUUUUGUAUGUUGCCCACUUUAGAUUUGGUUUGGCCAAAUGCUAAGACAGUGCUUUCAACCUUAAAUAGGACCCCAGAUUAGUUCUAGUUAUGAAAUGUGUUACCCACUAUAUGGUAUGUAAGUAAUGCUAUAUCUCCUUUCUAUUACCGUUGUCUACUGUACAAGCACUUUUUACUCUGGUAAGCUGGCCAUACGCCCAGGGUCGGACUGGGGGGUGCAGUGCCCACCGGGGCUCCCGCCCCAGGGGCCCUGCAGGUGCCCCAGUCAGCCGUGUCCCCUACCCCCCACAGGGGCCCCCCUAACCCCCCCACAGGGCCCCCACCCUACGUCCAACCCCAAGCGCGUAUACAUUGAACGCAUCAGGGGAGGAACAGUCAGUUGGGGGAGCGCCAGCAGUCCGACCCUGCAUACGCCUAACCAAAAGAGUGCAUCUUUGCCUGAUUUAGUCAUCUAUGUGGUGGGCCAAACCAUUCUGAUCCAAUUUGGCCCCUGGGCCAACGAUUGAAUCAUAAGGGAGGGGCCAGGCGAGGACAGGACCAUAUUCAUCAAACAGGUUAGUCAGCUGUCACCAUAUGGUGAUCCUUGCAAAGACAUACGGGGGCUAAUACUAUGGUUCCCGAUCAACAGGUUGAGAACCCAUGUGUAAGUGUUCGGCCAAUUCAAAAUCCUGAUAUCCUGAACCAAAUCCUGAAUUCUGCGCAUCCUAACCUUACCCUUAAUUUUAGCAUAUCAUGGUCUUUCAGAGGUAGCCUUGGUUCAAUUAUUUUAUAUUUAUACGCAUUUUACUAUUUUCACACCCACCAUCCCCGCACACUGCAUUUCACACUAUAAAUUUGUACAUUUAAGUUAAUCAGACCCCUUUUCUAGUAAGGCCUACGUUGUAUUGUUUUUAUUCCAGGUGAUCUAGAUAUUUCUUGGAUGCAGUUGCACAAUUGUUUCAUUGGAGAUGUAGCUAUUGUUCUGUGAAAUCCAGAAACUGACACUAAAGGAUAUGGGCAUCUUAUGAAAUAAAGGAGUAGUCGAAACCAGAGUUGUACAGUGAUAUUCUGGACCACAAACACAGUGUAAAUUUCAAUAAAGCGAUUUCUUAUUGAAAGGUA